UGAUCUAGUUAGUAUUUACCUCGAUUAGGUAAUAGGUAUGCGAUUAUUCACAGUUUAAUUUUUAAAGUUUAUAAAAAACGUAUCUUGUCGUUUGUGUUCAUACAUUCUGUUUGGAACUUUUAUUUGACAUCAGUAUGUGCCGCACAAUUUGUUUUUUCAUCGUUUUAUAUGUUACAAGGAGUGUGAAAACAGUAUUCAAUGGAGAAACAGUUACAAUUUCGCACAGGCCGUACCAGGUAGCAUUAAACUACGAUUGGCUUUGGAUGGCAUUUCAUCAAUGCGGUGGUGUUAUUAUUAGUCCAAAGUAUACAAUUACAGCGGGUCACUGCUUCGACACGGAAAGAGAUUAUUAUGUUAGAGCAGGAAGCGAGAAAAGUACAAAUCUUGGUGUAAUAUACCAAAUAGCAGCGACGUACAAGCACCCUAAUUAUACGGCAAAGCCAUACACUAAUGACUUGGCCCUUCUGGAACUCAAAGAAGAAGUGAAAUUCAUGGAAACUAUCAAAGCGAUAAAAAUGGCAUGGAUCAACCGAAAUUUCUAUAACCAGACGGCCAACGCUUCGGGAUAUGGUCGCACAUGUUUAACUUGUAGUGUAAGCGAAACUCUGUUGCUUGCCACACUAAGCACUAUCAGCAUGGAAGAUUGUCGAUCUGCUUGGGGCAAGACAAAAAUCUUAGACAGUAUGAUAUGUGCUAUUGACCAAAGGAAAAGCAAAUCUACAAUUUGUAGAGGAGAUUCAGGUGGUCCAGUUACCAUAAUUGAUAGAUUCUGGAAAGAUCCAGUUUUAGUUGGAGUCGUCAGCUAUGGAGAUGAUUGCAUACCUGCCAAUCCAGCUAUAUUUUCGUUCAUACCAGCUUUUCGAGGGUGGAUAAAAAACGUGACGGGACAUUAAUCCUUCACCAAGCGUGUUAUGUUGAAUAUUCUGCUCGAAAUUCGUCAAAACAUUAAGUUUGAAAGUGUAUGUUUUAAAGGAAAAUUUAAGUUGACUUUUUUAUACCCCGUGCGAACGCAAUAAAUGAAUAUUUGAA